AUGGAGGCAUCUACCACCAGUUCCAUUCCCGGGUCCGGCAGCAGCCCGGAACAUGUUCAAUCGGCAGCAGCUGAUGCUGAGCGGAAGCACCGGAAGAAGGUACAGAAUCGGAUGAACCAGCGGGCGCGCAGAGACAGGAUGAGAGGAAACCAGUCGAAAAGGGUCAUCAGCUCGUCAAAAUUCGAGACGAGCCGCUGGAGGAUAGAUGAGUUUGAACUCCUCGAAGCACCUGAGCCAAUGCAUGCCACCCAAGAAAAGAAGAAAGCAAAGCGCACCAAGAUUCAUAACCGCAAAAAUGGUAAUGAAUUGAUUCUACCUAAAAAAGGUGCCAUCCAGCUCCCCUCGGUAUUCCACAGCCUGAGCCUCGCUCAAGUUGAGCAACAUGCGCCACAGUUUGGACGAUGGGCGAGACCACAAUCAGCGAUGCUGGGCGCAUCUCCCUGCUCAGAUCAACUAUUAAACCUUGUCAAUUACAACACAUUCAGAGGAUUGUUUAUCAAUAAGGCCCUGCUAGCUACCCUUUCUGAGCAUUUCCCCCCAGGGAGCAAUACAGCUGUCAACAUCAUGAAGGGCCUCCCUGGCCAGGCCACUGUUUUUCCAUCAUCACCUGAUAUUCCCACAUCUCUCGUUCCAACACGACAACAGAUGAGAGUCCCCCAUGCGACGUGGAUGGAUUUCAUUCCAUUCCCCCAAAUGCGUGAUAACCUGAUCAGGCAUAAUGAAGAGUUCGACCAUAGGCAGUUCAUCAGAGAUAUGGUUGGGGAUUUACUCGACGAAUUAUAUUUCUUGAGGCCAAGCGUCAAAACAAGCCCUCGUGGCAUCCACAAGAUUACACUCCAGGAUGGCCUCGACGAUCAGAUCACAACAACAAGAAAUGGGCUGAUUAUCUGGGGUGACCCUCAUAUACAGGACAGUUGGGAGGCCACGCCAGGGUUCUUUGAAAGAUGGGGUUGGGUGCUAGAGGGGUGCGGUGAGAUAGUCAAGUCUACCAAUUAUUGGAGGUUAUUACGAAAUGAGGCACCAAUCAUACCGGGUCUUUAUAGAAAGGAGGAGGAAUAUACACCUGGCAGAAUUAUCAACGUUGAUGAUCAAUAG